UUAAAUGUGUAACUUGUUCAUAUAUUUUUUAUGAGAAAUAUGCAUAUUAAUUUGUGUUAUAUAUUAUAGUCAAGGAGUGGAAAGCGUAUCCUACGUUUGUGAAAAUCUCGAAACAUUCAAUUUUUAUAGUUUCGUAUAAAAAGUUCAAAAAAAAAAAAUUAUUUUUUACAUUAUUUAGAUAAAAUUGAAUAUUUUCCAUAUUAUAAUAUAUAUUUAUAUAUUCCUUAUCAUGGCUGUAUGUGUGGCUGUUAUUGGAAAAGAUAAUUCUCCCAAAUAUAUAAAAUGUGCAGAUGAGGCUCUUGCCUUGCAAUUUCAUUACAAAGUGCAUACAUCUAUUGAUAUUAUAGAAGAGAAAUUGAAUAUAGGAAACAAAACAGCUGUUGAUAUUCGUGAUUUGUAUUUAGGUUUAUUACUUACAACAGAGGAGUUUAAAAUUUACGGUUAUGCAACGAAUACAAAAAUUAAAUUUGUAAUAGUAUUACAAUCAUCUAAUAUAUCAUUCCGAGAUAAUGAAGUAAAGACGAUAUUUAAAAAACUGCAUACUGCCUAUUCCAAUGCAGUUUGUAAUCCAUUUUAUGUACCAGGUAGUUCGAUUAAUUCGAAGUCUUUCGAUUCAUCUGUGACAGAGAUAAUGGGAAUUAUAUAAACUUAUAUAUUCUUUUACUGAAAAAUUACUUUAGUAAUAUUAUUGAAUCAUUCUUCAACUCUUUUAAUUAUAAAUACAAUAUAUGUUCAAAUGUAAAGAAGAAAUAUCAUGAAACAACAUUAAGCAGCGUAUUUUUUAUUCGUUAAUUCAAUUGAACUACACAAUACAUAAAUUAACUUAUCAAUUAUAUAUAUAUAUAUUUUAGCAAAUUAUAAAUCACUUUUUAUGUCCAAAACAAGAUUCAUUACGAAAGAGUAAUAUAUUAAAGUUGUUUACUCAAUGUUGCUACUUUGAAUACAUUAUUUAUUAGUAAAAAAUUAACUAUGAUAUUAUAAGAUAUUUAUUGUACAAUUAUAUCCAGAAAUGCAACAUUAAGUAAGCAACAUUCAAAUAAUAACAAAAAUAAUGUGUAGUACAUACACUGUUAUACAUACAUUCUAUUGUCAUCAUCAUCAUUAUAUUGAACAUCUUAUAACAUUAUAUAAAAUAUUUCUAUAAAAAUAUAAUUGUAUUUCAAUUAUACUGAAUUUAUGC